AUGAACAUAGUGAACAGCAUCGUGGGGGUCAGCGUGCUCACCAUGCCCUUCUGCUUCAAGCAGUGCGGCAUCGUCCUGGGGGCCCUGCUCCUGGCGUUCUGCGCCUGGAUGACGCACCAGUCCUGCAUGUUCCUGGUGAAAGCCGCCAGCCUGAGCAAGCGGAGGACCUACGCGGGCCUGGCGUUUCACGCCUACGGGAAGGCCGGGAAGAUGCUGGUGGAGACCAGCAUGAUCGGGCUGAUGCUGGGGACCUGCAUCGCUUUCUACGUCGUCAUCGGCGACCUGGGCUCCACCUUCUUUGCCCGGCUGUUCGGGUUCCAGGUAGGGCCUCUCGGUUCCUCUCUGAUGGUCUGGGGACACUCUUCCCAUGUGGCUGCUGGCUCCCACUCCGCGGUGUCGCUGUGCAUCGUGCUGCCGCUGAGCCUGCAGCGCAACAUGAUGGCCUCCAUCCAGUCCUUCAGCGCCAUGGCGCUCCUCUUCUACGCCGCCUUCAUGUUCGUGAUCCUGCUGUCCUCGCUCAAGCACGGCCUCUUCAGUGGGCAGUGGCUGCGGCGGGUCAGCUACGUGCGCUGGGAGGGCGUCUUCCGCUGCAUCCCCAUCUUCGGCAUGUCCUUUGCCUGCCAGUCCCAGGUCCUGCCCACCUACGACAGCCUGGACGAGCCCUCGGUGAAGACCAUGAGCUCCAUCUUCGCCUCCUCCCUCAACGUGGUCACCGCCUUCUACGUCAUGGUGGGCUUCUUCGGCUACGUGAGCUUCGCCGAGGCCAUCGCGGGCAACGUGCUGAUGCACUUCCCCUCCAACCUGGUGACCCAGAUGGUCCGCGCCGGCUUCAUGAUGUCGGUGGCCGUGGGCUUCCCCAUGAUGAUCCUGCCCUGCAGACAGGCCCUGAACACGCUGCUGUUCGAGCAGCAGCAAAAAGACGGGACCUUCGCCGCUGGAGGCUAUAUGCCGCCCCUACGGUUCAAAGCGCUCACCCUCUCUGUCGUGUUUGGGACCAUGGUUGGUGGGAUCAUGAUCCCCAACGUGGAGACGAUCCUGGGCCUCACGGGCGCCACCAUGGGGAGCCUCAUCUGCUUCAUCUGCCCAGCACUCAUCUACAGGAAGGUGCACAGGAACUCGCUCUUCUCCCAGGUGGUGCUCUGGGUCGGCCUGGGCAUCCUGGUGGUCAGCACUCUCACCACCUUGUCCGUGAGCGAGGAGGCCCCUGUGGACGUGGACCUGGCGAAGGAAGCCCCGGGGCUGCGGCGGGGUGGGAGACAGGCCUGCUCCCGCUCCAGAACUACACUGCUCGCUGGGAAGUGUGCGGCACCGGCCACCGGCCUGCUGUCUCAGGAGCUCCGGCCUGGAGCCCCUCAGGGGGUGAGGGCGUCCCUGUCACCACCUCUCAGUGUGCAGGAGGCCGCUGGCCCCCGGGUGCCCCAGGCAGGCGUGGCGGUGCCCAUGGGGGAGGCCCAUCGCCACGAGCCCCCUGUCCCGCAUGACAAGGUGGUGGUGGACGAAGGUCAAGACCCAGAAGGAGCGGCGGAGAAGGAACGUGUGUCCCAGCACGUGGACGACGAGGCUCCUGGGGGCAAGGGCCAGGUGGCACCACCUCUGCCGGAUUCAGGAAGAGAGCGAGGGGCACAGGCCCCGGUCGUGGAACCCGAGGGGGAUCUUCCUAAAGGUCCCCAGAAGGUUCCAGAAGGAAAUGGUCCGCGGGCUGUGGAGCCCGUGAAGGAGGACCAGGAGCCGGUGGUCGGGGAUCUGCACCCAGGGCCCCAGGCAGUGCCCCCUGAGGGGCAGGACGCCCUGGGGGCAGGGCCAGCAGCUGAGAUCAAAAAGCUAGUAGCAGAUGCCGGCCGCGUGGAGAGGCUGGACCACGAGGUCCUGCUGCAGGUGAUCAAGGAGCAGCAGGAGCAGCAGAAGCGCCUCCUGGACCAGCAGGAGAAGCUGCUGGCGGUGAUCGAGGAGCAGCUCGUGGGGCACGUGUUUGUGGCGAACCAGCCGGACGCUGAGCCCCAUGCGGCAGGUGUGCAGGAGGAGGCCCCAGAGCCCGAUCUCGCUGGGGCCCCCAGGAGCCCAGAGAAGCCUGACGCCGGGGACGCCCCUGGACAGGGUCCGGACCUUCUUGGUGGAGGCUCUCAGGAGAGGAACAAAUCCCAUAAGGAGGCAGCAGCCACUGGUGCCCAUGUCCCGGAAGCGGCAGGUGCCCGGGGAGCCGGGGCAGGGGCUGGGGACCCUCCAGUGCAGCCCCAGCAAGUGAGCCCAGACCGGAGACCCGCAGGCCUGCCCAGCAGGUCGGAAGGAGCAGCCCCCCUGGCCCAGGCUGCGUUACAGCAGCCGGAACACCGAGCUGUCUCCGCCAGGGCCCCGGGAGGGCACCCAGAGGCAAAAAAGGAGGCCCUGGGCGGGGACCAUGUGCCGGCCCCCAGGCAGGACGCUGCUGCACAGGAGCCUGAGCAGAAGCCAGACCCUGAGCUCGGGCCCCAACAGGCCGUGCCCGGGGCUCAGAAGCUGGACAAUGUCAAACCGAACAGAGACCUAAAAGUUCAGGUCGGCGCCGACCUCAGGAGGAGACGGCGGGAUGUGGCUCCUGUAGACGAGGGACCGGUCCCCAACGAGGGGGUCAUCAUCAGCUUCGACUCCCUGCACGAUGUGCGGGUCAGCGAC